CAUAAUAAACCCCAGGAAGAGUAGCUGCUGCCUUGGCAGGAACUAAUGGAGAUUCAUAAUAAACCCCAGGAAGAGUAGCUGCUGCCUUGGCAGGAACUAAUGGAGAUCCAUAAUAAACCCCAGGAAGAGUAGCUGCCUUGGCAGGAACUAAUGGGGAUCCAUAAUAAAUACAAAACCCGUUGGUCACUCUGACAGAGCUCCAGAGUUCCUCUGUGGAGAUGGGAGAACCUUCCAGAAGGACAACUAUCUCUGCAGCACUCCACCAAUCAGGCCUUUAUGGUAGAGUGGCCAGACGGAAGCCACUCUUCAGUAAAAGGCACACGACAGUCGCUUGGAGUUUGCAAAAAGGCACCUACAGGACUCUCAAGAUUUUCUGGUCUGAUGAAACCAAGAUUGAAGUCUUGGUUCUGAAUGCCAAGCGUCACAUCUGGAGGAAACCUGGCACCAUCCCUACGGUGAAGCAUGGUGGUGGCAGCAUCAUGCUGUGGGGAUGUUUUUCAGCAGCAGGGCCUGGGAGUCUAGUCAGGAUCGAGGCAAAGAUGAACGGAGCAAAGUUCAGAGAGAUCCUUGAUGAAAACCUGCUCCAGAGCGCUCAGGACCUCAGACCGGGGCAAAGGUUCACCUUCCAACAGGACAACGACCCUAAGCACACGGCCAAGACAACGCAGGAGUGGCUUUGUGACAAGUUUCUGAAUGUCCCUGAGUGGCCCAGCAAGGGCCCGGACUUGAACCCAAAGAUGCUUCAACAAAGUACUGAGACAAGGGUCUGAAUACUUAUGUAAAUGUUAUAUUUAAGUUUUUUAUUUUCAAUAAAUUAGCAAACAUUUCUAAAAACCUGUUUUUGCUUUGUCAUUAUGGGAUAUUGUGUGUAGAUUGAUGAGGGGUGUGGGGGGACAAUUUAAUUAAUUUUAGAAUAAGGCUGUAACGUAACAAAAUGUGAAAAAGUGAAGGGGUCUGAAUACUUUCCGGAUGAACUGUAUAUUGAAUGUGUGUUAACUAUACAGCUGUUGUCUUAUAAUCAACGUGUGUCUGUUAAAUAUAGCAAAGACUUCUUCAGCGUUUUCAAUGUUAUUUAAAAAUGAAUACAAUAUUUUUAUACUGUUUCAUGAUAAAAUUACUGCUUGAUAUACACACAUACACAAAGGAGACAGGAGAGCAGGAAUGAAAGGAGGGAGGUAGGCUUUGACUUUAUUGUUGGAACCGGCGCUGCUAGUGAACCGUCGGUUGUUGGAGUGACAGCGACAUGAGCUGGUCAGAGCGGGUAAGAACGUAAACACUCGUAUUACUAAUGAAAACAUUUAAUUUAAAAAACAGUCCGUUAAUACCUAACAAAACAUAAAACAAGUCUUAGCAACAGCUUAAGUAGCCCAGACGACCGGAUAGCCUACUGUAUAAGACGGCUAGAUGUAGGCUAUAUUAAAAUACCAACGUAGCGUGUUUCUCUCACAGAAAGAAAGUGCGCAUCUUCUCUUUCCAGAUGAUGCUGAUGCGAGAACAUCUCUCUCCAUCUCUUUGGUGGGUUAGAUAGGAGGUCCAGUCGGACCCAUUUCACCGCGACACCUGCUUUAUUCUAUCCACCAUUAACAACGGACAGGGCUGUCAGAGCAGAACGAAUGAGCAAAUAGCGGACAGGUCUGGACGAGAACACCCGUCUCGCGGCUCACUAUGAAACAGGGUGGUCUCGUGGACGACACGGAGGAUGUGGAGUUGGAUUUCAGUACCGAGGAGGAGGAGCAGAGAGCGCUCAGGGGGGCAAAGAUCCGACACCCCCUCGCCUCCUUCCUGCACCUGUUCUUCCGAGUGGCUGCCAUAGUAACCUACCUGCUCUGUGAUUGGUUCACCAAGAGCUUUACUUCCUGCUUCAUUAUGAUCAUCACUCUGCUGUCCUGUGACUUCUGGUCUGUUAAGAAUGUGACAGGCAGGUUGUUGGUGGGUCUGCGAUGGUGGAACCAGAUCGAUGAGGAUGGGAGAAGCCUCUGGGUGUUUGAGGACAGGAAGUCUUCUCCCCAGGCCGGUGGUACGGAGGUGGAGGCCAGGAUCUUCUGGUCGGGUCUGAUCAUCUGUCCUCUCAUCUGGACCGGCUUCUUCUUCACCACCCUGUUCUGUCUGAACAUACACUGGCUGGUGUUGGUGGUAGCCAGUAUCUCUCUCCAGGGGGCGAAUCUAUAUGGUUACCUGCGCUGCAAGAACAGCAGACAGGAAGCCCCACCCACAUCCACUUCCUCUUUCCUGCAGGGACAGCACUUCCUCCAGCGGGUGAGGUUAGGGGUUAGAGUCUGAUAUCAUCUCCAGAAUACUGUGAUGGAAUCACCUGCAGCUGCCUUCUUCUCCGAGUGUGUGUGUGUGUGUGUGUGUGUGUGUGUGUGUGUGUGUGUGUGUGUGUGUGUGUGUGUGUGUGUGUGUGUGUGUGUGUGUGUGUGUGUGUGUGUGUGAGACAGACAGAGCAGGACAUGUUCUGGAACUCAGAAGGGGAUUUACAGAAGCAUCUCCAAGGCCUCCCAACAUCAAAGCUCCUGGAAUUUACAUUAGUUUCAUAUUCAGCAUUUUAAUUAUUUUGAUUUCAAUUUAUAUUUCUAUGAAUAUAUACAGUAUUUUUUACUUCUGACGUUGUUAUAACCUGUUUCCUGUCUGUCUGAUGGCUAAUAGAACAAACACAGCUGUCUGUUUCCUGUCUGUCUGAUUGCUAAUAGAACAAACACAGCUUCCUGUUUCCUGUCUGUCUGAUGGCUAAUAGAACAAACACAGCUUCCUGUUUCCUGUCUGUCUGAUGGCUAAUAGAACAAACACAGCUUCCUGUUUCCUGUCUGUCUGAUGGCUAAUAGAACAAACACAGCUGUCUGUUUCCUGUCUGUCUGAUGGCUAAUAAAACACUGAAGAAGUGAAGCUUUGUCUCUCAUUCUGUAGAUGUACUGACUAUGACUGUGAUAUGUGAUAUGUGGUUGAGGAUAACGGGGCGGCAGGUAACCUAGUGGUUGGAGGAGCCGAAACGGUGAAAGUUCUGUCGACGUGCCCUUGAGCAAGGCACUUAACCCUCUUAAUACUACGGCUGACUCUGUAAAACAACACAUUUCACUGCACCUAUCUGGUGUAUGUGACAAUAAAAUAUAUACAGUGCAUUCGGAAAAGUA